UGACACAAUAAUAUCAGCAAGCGAAAUCAUCAAUUUAUUUCUAUCUUUGCGAUAUUUUGUAUUAAAGUUUGUUUAAGAGUAUUACGAAAGGAGAGUUACUUUAAAUUGCAGUUGAACUUACUAGACACUGCGGACAGUAGCACAAUUAUAAUUAAGUAUGGGUCCACCGCCUGUAGUUACAGGAAUAUCUCCAAAAGAAGGUCCACCAGGGACCAGGGUUACAAUCCGUGGAGAAUUUCUGGGUACUAGUGCAAUAGAUCUCAUAGGCUUGAAGAUCUGUGGAUGUGACUGUUUACUGUCGGCGGAAUGGAAGAGUAAGAACAAAAUAGUGGCGCGCUCUGGUCCGUGCAAGGGUCGGGGCGAUAUUAUAGUGACCACUCGAUCUGGCGGAGAAGGAACUUCUACCGUGCAGUUUAGAGGUUAUCAUGAAUCAAUAGGUCCUGUGAAAGAGAGUGCAGUAUGGGUAGAGGAGGCAGCUCCUCCCUCCCUGCCAUGGGGUCGACGACCCAUGUCCCCCACCACAUACACUCCUCCUGACCCACUAGGGCUCUCCACUGAAGGAGAUGAUUGUAAAUUCCCUGAGGAAGAGUUGAAUGAAAUGUUUCCAGAUGGUUCUGGUAAACUGUCUGAUGACAACUUCCAGCCUGGCUGGUAUUUGCUAGAACACCACAGCAAUACUUCAUAUGAAGACCUCAAAGCUGGAAUGGUAUUUCUGCAAAGAAAGGUGGAAAGCCAAAAGGAAGGCCAGCUAAGUUUCCUGAAGGCCAACACAGGAGCUGUGAUGGACCAGCUGGAUCGACUUGUUCUCCUGAAGAACAUGUAUGAAGAGGAUGAGAGGAAGAAUGGCAAGGAACCACUGCCAAGCUUGCAGGCUGCUAUUGAAGAAUCGAUCACACUAGCAGACUCUCUGUUCUCGGAAAUAUUAUCGAGGAAAGAUAACGCCGACAAGACUCGCGAGGCCCUCUCAUUGCUGACACGCCACAAGUUCCUGUUCCAACUGCCUGCGUCCAUAGACAGGAAUAUCAGGAAGAAGGAGUAUGACCUCGUGGUCAACGACUACACCAGGGUCAAGAACCUGUUUGGCAAUACUGAUGUUAAGUUGUUCCAAAAAAUCCUAGCUGAGAUUGACAAGAAAAUAGAAGAUUUAAAAGAGAAAUUGUACACGAGAAUGAAAACUAUGCCAAUCAAUGUUCAGGAGCAGACCAAGUAUAUUAGGCUACUGAUUAGCUUGAACUGGGAAGGCGACGCCGCAUGGGUCGCUAUAACUAGUCGGAAAGAGUAUCUUAUGAGUCUGAUGAACAAGGUAAAGGACCAUUUCAAACAAAAAGAGGAGCAGGAGUCCAAUGAGAAGGGUAAGCGCAAGUCGAAGGAGAGCGAGUGGCUGGGCGGGUGGGGCGCGGUGCGCGGCGCGUGGGUGGCGGCGGCGGCGGGCGCGCUGGCCGCGCAGCUGCACGCGCUGUGGCCGCUGGCGAGGCGCUACUUCGCGGGGGAACUCGCCGGGGAACCCACCUCCACGCAGCGACAGGCCGACCUCAAGGAAAUGAUAAUAGCAGCAGUGGAAUUAUUUUCCGAGCACAUGCGAGCCUGCCUACUGUCUCCGGGCGGAGGCAAGUUGGUGCCUACUGAUACGCUGCGCGUGCGACUCGUGGCUAACCUCAGGCACUUGAGGGAGGCUUACGAUUCGCUACUCAAACUGGACCUACCUUCACAGCCUCUCAGUAUCGUAGAGAAAGUGAUAUUCGACUAUCGGGUGCACGGUAUGACAGUCUUCUUGCAGCGAGCUCAUAAACGCGUGAAGGGGCUCGCAGAGAAAGAGACGUGGAAGAUCGAAGAGUAUUCUGACUAUGGAGCUAUUACUAACCUUCCACAUCUACUAGAAACGUACUUGAACGAGGCGUUCUCAGCGAUCCACAAGUGCGUGGUGACGAGCGGUCGGCGCGAGAGUCCCCUGCUGGCCGACCACGGCGAGCCCGCCGCCAUACUGCAGCGACACACGCAGCAGAUACUGCUCGCCUACGUCACCGUGCUGCAGGACCUCGCCUUGAAUCAUGAGGACCAGGAGUUCAACAACAGUAACCUGUCGGUGGCGCUGGAGCAGCGCGGCGAGGAGGUGGGCGGUGGGCCCGCGGGCCCCGCGCCGCCCGCGUCCUGGCAGCUGCGUCUACUGCUGGCCGGGGCCAACGCCGCCUACACGCGCCGCCACACGCUCGCCGCCAUCGCUACAGCUAUACACAACUUCGGCUUCCCCAAGCAGAACCAAGCUCUGCAGGCAACGAAGGAAGCUCUCAGUACAUUGGAGAGUACUAUCGCCGAGACGUACUUGGAGCACAAAGGAGACCCGUUGGUCGGCACUAUAGAGCCCAGCAUGGACAUGGGCCGACACAAGACUGAUGCCGACGCCGUCGUCGACGAUGCCAGGCCCUAUGUUUAUGAAAUCAUCAAUAACUUGAUCGCUGUACAUGCUGAGGUGGACAGUGUAAGCGGCGCGGCGUCGUCGCGGUACGUGCGGGACAUCUGUGAGACGGUGUGCGAGGAACUAGCUCGGCUGGCGGCGCUGGGCUCGCCGGGCGCGCCCAUGUCGCCCGCCGCCGCCUUCCAGGCCCGGCUCGAGUACACGCUGCUACGACUCGCCUGCGCUGAGCAUCUCACUAGAAAGGCUGAAAACCACUUAAUGGAAGCGCUAGCUGGUAUCCCUCCCAUAGAAAGCGAAGAAGAAAAGAAACGAAUGGACACAAUAGUGCAAGGAUUCAAGAAAAGGAUGGAGCUACAGCUCGCCAGCCUUAAUUGCAACAUGGAGACUGUGUAACGUAUUCAUACCUACCUACUGACUAUACUUUGUAUGUAGACUAGAUACUUAUAUAGUACUGUAUUUGUAUAGUAGUUAUGUUAAAAUAUACUGAAUUUAAAUAAUAUUCACACACAUUACGCAUUAACAUAUUCAUCGACCGUGCAAGUCGUGAAUAUGAGUCCCGGUAUGCCUCGAAACUAAUCGAGCGUUCUCAAAUAAGUUUGUCGUGAGUAAAUGUUAUUUAAAUUCUGUAUUGUGUAUAAUGUAUAUUAGUAAUUAGAUUAGUGUAUGUAAUUAUGUAUUUGGUUAAAAACCAAAAGCUUUAAAAGUAUUCUUAUUUCGUAUAUGGAUUAAUAUUAUUGAUUUUUAUGGUAUUUUAUAAUCAUUUGUUUAUAAAUACUGCCUACAAGGUCACAAGAAGUAAAAAUUAAAUUGCACGACAUUUAUACAAGGUGAUGCGGAAUAAACGCAAGAUCUUUCAGGUGCUGUUUCAGGCCGUUAGAGUGAACAAAUUUAGUUUCAGUAUUUUUGGUUAUUAAAAUUAACUUUAGAAUUUCCAAAAUGUGUAACUGCCGUACUCAGAGUUAUUUAAUGGUUACUUAACCCAGUCCUUAGCAAUUGUUUUCGGUACAAAAUCGUUACUAAGGAAUAGUUUAAGUAAUCAUUAAAUGUCUCUAAGUAUUUUGUUCUUUUAUGGUUCUAAACAGCAUCUAAAAGGUGUUGCGUUUAUUCAUAGUGUUUCUUCAUCUUGAAAAUAACAGAAACAAUAAAAUAAAUUGUAAAUCAUAUCAAAUCACUCGUUUGUAUCGUUAUUAAAUGUUUAUUUUCUAUUUAAAAAGCGUAGUCUAAGAUAAAAUAUUAAUGUUAUAAAGUAAGUUAAUAUUAUAAAUUAUGAAAAUAUAUCGUAUAUAAAAUCAA